AUGGUGGAGGUUGGGGCCUAUAUGAUAGGUGUCCCCUUUUUGAAAGUGACAUCGACCAGCAUCUGCCUCUGCAUUCAAACUUCCAGAGCAACCUUCACUUCACUACACACUCUCCACAUCAAACCAAAACCACCUGAAAUCAUCGAUCAAUCACCUCCCUCUUCAUCACCUUCUCCUGCUCAGACGUUUUCUACAGCCCCGACGUCACCAAACUUCAACGACAAGAUGGCUGCCCCUUCGGUCACUCCGUCCAGCAACCACACCCAGGAGUAUUCAAUCAGUGGGUCGAGGAACGUGGCAACGUCGUCUCCCCAAAGACGAUGGAGCCAGUCUCUUCACCCGCAUCUCGGUCACCUAGCCUGCGCCGAGCCCAGCUGCGAUUCCUACACCACCGGCCACGAAGUCAUGAAGAUCGACCCCAUCUGGGACUACGCUACUCUCGGCGAGAAGAUCAAGCACUGGGUCAAGACUGUUCAGAAUGGCGAUUCCAAGGUCCGUAGCUACCUUCGUCAGUGCGUCUGGACCGACGACCACAAGAUCGUCUCCCUCAAGGUCAACUGGAACGGCCUUGCUGGCAACGGCUGGUCUGACAAUGGCGAGACCAUCAUCACCGAGAAGAACUAUGGUACUGUCCUUGCCAUGAUGGUCAAGCGCAAUGCCAUCGACAAUUUGGUUGUCAUCACGUCCCUCUAG